AUGAAAUUUCCUCACCCGUACAACGAAGUACUAGUUCUAUUUUUAGACGUUCCUGGAGAAGAAAUCCACACUCCUUCAUUCACUUGGACAAAUGUCGAACAGAUCAAGGCAGCGCAAUUUAUUUACAAUUUAAAACGACAAAAAAUUGCAGGGAAAUUUGUUGUUCUCUGCAAUUACAGUUCGACAGUAAAGGACCUAAAGAAUCUAGAUGAGUGGAUACCUAUUUUUACAGUAGACUCCUUCAUGGGAAAAGAAGCGGAUAUUGUCAGAUCACUAACAACACGGUCAACAACGGUACUUAAUGAGGAAAUAGGACAAUUUCUAAUUAACGACCAACGUCUCACAGAUGCUUUAAUUUGUGCGCGUGAAGGAAUGGUCAUACUGGGCAGUCGAAUUGUAUUGGAAAGAAGCCAACUUUGGAGAAAACUGCUUUAA